GGAGAGGAGAGUUGUCAGGGAACUGAUGGCAGUUAAGGGAGGGUUAGGUGUGGGAGGGGAAGUUGGGCGGUGUGAUGUUCUGGGACCCCCCUGGGGUCUGGGGGGAGGUCAGUGCCCCAGUGGGUGAGGGCACGCACAGAGGGUGGGGACUUGUCCCCAAGGGACUGAGGGGAUUUGGGGAGGGCGUGAGAGAUACCCCCAGGACAGCAGCACCUGGGCUGGGAGCAGCCGCAUCCCCUCAGCCCCGACCCCAUCACCCUCCCUCCUCCGCAGACCUCUGCGAGAACUGUCACCACCUCAUCGCACGCCAUGAGUACACCUUCAGCGUGGUGGAUGACUACCAGACCAGAGUGGAAGACAUCGUGCAGGAGGUCUUUGAGGCCUGCAAGACAAACCCUCACACCUCACAAUUCACCCUGCAGCGGGAGAAGCACUUCAAUUACCUGAAGAGAGGCCUCCAGCAGCUGACUGUAUCCUACGAGUGCCUGGAUGCCAGCCGCCCCUGGCUCUGCUACUGGAUCCUGCACAGCUUGGAGCUGCUGGACCAGCCCAUUCCCGACUCUGUUGCCUCUGACAUCUGCGACUUCCUGAGCCGCUGCCAGAGCCCCCAGGGUGGCUUUGGGGGGGGACCUGGCCAGCACCCCCACCUCGCCCCCACUUAUGCCGCCGUCAGCGCGCUCUGUAUCAUCGGCACGGAGGAGGCGUUCGGCGUCAUCAACAGGGAGAAGCUGCUGGAGUAUCUGCACUCGCUGAGGCAGCCUGAUGGCUCCUUCCUCAUGCAUGCUGACGGCGAGGUGGACGUCAGGAGUGCCUACUGCGCCGCCUCUGUGGCCUCGCUGACCAACAUCCUCACGCCCGCGCUCUUCGCCGGGACAGCUGAGUGGAUAGCGAGGUGCCAGAAUUGGGAGGGGGGCAUCGGCGGGGUGCCGGGCAUGGAAGCGCACGGCGGUUACACCUUCUGUGGCAUGGCGACUUUGGUCAUCCUCAAGAAAGAACAUUUGCUGAACCUCCGGAGCUUGCUGCACUGGGUGACCAGACGGCAGAUGUGCUUUGAGGGCGGCUUCCAGGGCCGCUGCAACAAGCUGGUGGAUGGCUGCUACUCCUUCUGGCAAGCCGGCCUCCUGCCCCUGCUCCACCAUGCCCUCUAUGCCAUGGGUGACACAGCGCUCAGCAUGACACACUGGAUGUUCAACCAGUCGGCGCUGCAGGAGUACAUCCUCCUGUGCUGCCAGUGCCCGGCCGGGGGGCUGCUCGACAAGCCGGGCAAAUCCCGGGAUUUCUACCACACGUGUUACUGCCUGAGUGGGCUGGCCAUCGCCCAGCACUUUGGCAGUGGCGAACUCCACCAGGAGGCAGUCCUGGGUGCCCCCGAAAACCGCCUGCAGGCCACACACCCUGUCUACAACAUUGGCCCAGAAAAAGUGACGAGGGCGGUGAUGCAUUUCUUGCAGCAGCCUGUGCCCAGCUUGGGGAUGGCAGCCACUGCCAAUUAGGGGCCCCGCUGCCCCCCCCCACCCCACUGUGCAGAGCAGCCCUGCCCGGGGCCAGCAGGGAGCCCCCCGCAGUGCGGACGGGGCAGAAAGCGAGGUCCUCAGGGUGCUAGCAAUACCAAAAUCAGGUGUGCUCCGUGGCCACCAGGUCCGGGCACCCCAUUGCCCUCCCGGCAAGAGCCGAGACGGGGAGGUGGGGGGACACGGGACGCAGCAGAGCUUUUUGGCAUUAAUAAAACAGAACCGUCACCUGCCGUCUCCUGUGCGCGGGGAGCCACCGACUGUGGUUAUGGGGGGCAGGAGGUGACACAGAGCUCAGGCUGUUCCCAGCCCCCACCCAGGGGCUGCCCUGGUGCCACCUCCCCUCCCGCCCCAAGAACACGCGGCUACUACGGGGAAAGGAUAAAAUAAUUUUUUUUUUUUAUUAUUUAUAGUCUUAUAGUAAAGGGAAGCCUUAACUUGCAAGACAACU